CAAGAAUCAACAAUAAGCACGAAGGCUCAAUCCUUCUCUCCCCCCCCCCCCCCUCUGUAUCUUUCUAUUUCUCUAACCAGUAAUAACUUCCAUCUGUUCUUCCUUUGAUCAUCUCUCUUCGACAUGGCUGAAGAACCCCAGAAAGCAGCUGAGGAAGUGGCGGCGGCAGUGGCCGAGAAAUCUGUUGUUGAAGAGAAAGGGAAAGAGAAAGAGCCCGAGAAGCCGGUCAUCGAAGCGCUGCCUGAGAAGCCCAUCGCUGAGAGCGAGAAAAAGGAGGAAGCGAAGCCUGCGGGCCCCACUGAGGAAGUUGUUGAGGAGAAGCCUAAGGCCCCGAUAGAAGACCGCAAGAUCACCCAGUCUGUUUCUUUCAAGGAGGAGACCUAUGUGGUUGCCGACCUCCCUGAUGCUCAGAAGAAGGCCCUUGAUGAGCUGAAACAGCUUGUUCAAGAAGCACUGAACAAGCACGAGUUCACUGCUCCUCCUCCUCCGCCGGCAGCCAAGGAGGAGGAAGAGAAGAAGGCCCCGGAAGUGGUGGCUUCGACGGAGGAGAAGAAGGAGGAAGAGAAACCGGCGGCAGCUGAGGGAAAAGCUGAAGCAGAGCCUCCUAAGGACGUUGCUGCUGUUGAAGAGCCAGCCAAGGUUGAAGCUGAAACAGUUUCUGAAGAGAAAAAGGAAGAGCAGAAGCCUGCAUCUGAAACUCCGGUGGUUGAAACUGUCACUGAAGAGAAAAAGGAGGAGGAGAAGCCUGCACCUGAAGCUGCUGUUGCCACGGAGGUGGUUGAGAAAGUUUCUACUGAAGUACAAGAUGAUUCUAAGACGGUGGAAACAAUCAAAGAGACCAUAGUUUCAGUCUCUGAGGAGGCAGCACCUGCAACUAAGGAUGGUGAGGCCGCUGCUUCGGCAUCCGAUACGGCAGUGCCAGAAGCAAAAGUGGAGGAGGUCCCUGCGCCGCCUCCACCUCCACCGGAGGAGGUUUCCAUCUGGGGAAUUCCCCUGCUUGCCGAUGAGAGGAGUGAUGUGAUACUCCUGAAAUUCUUGAGAGCAAGGGAUUUCAAGGUGAAGGAUGCCUUCACGAUGAUCAAGAACACCGUUCGUUGGCGGAAGGAAUUCGGGAUCGAUGCGCUUGUUGAGGAAGAUCUCGGGAACGACUGGGACAAGGUGGUGUUCACUCAUGGGUAUGACAAAGAAGGCCAUCCAGUUUGCUACAACGUGUUUGGUGAGUUCGAGAACAAGGAGUUGUAUCAGAACACGUUUUCUGAUGAGGAGAAGCGCCUGAAGUUCAUCAGAUGGAGGAUUCAGUUCUUGGAGAAGAGCGUUAGAAAAUUUGACUUCGCUCCUACUGGUAUUUCUACAAUUGUCCAGGUCAAUGAUCUUAGGAAUUCACCUGGCUUGGGUAAGAGGGACCUCCGGCAAGCAACCAAUCAGGCCCUUCAAUUACUUCAGGAUAACUAUCCUGAGUUCUUGGCCAAGCAGGUGUUUAUCAAUGUUCCAUGGUGGUACCUGGCCUUUUCAAGGAUGAUAAGUCCAUUCCUGACUCAGAGGACCAAAAGCAAAUUUGUAUUUGCUGGUCCGUCCAAAUCUGCGGAAACCCUUUUCAAAUAUAUAGCUCCUGAGCAUGUGCCUGUCCAGUAUGGUGGAUUGAGCAGGGAGGGUGACUAUGAAUUCACGACUGCUGACUCUGUUACUGAGUUUACUAUUAAACCAUCAACAAAACAUAUUAUUGAAUUCCCAGCUUCUGAGCCGUGCCAUCUGGUUUGGGAACUGAGAGUUGUGGGUUGGGAUGUGAGCUAUGGUGCUGAAUUUGUGCCGAGUGCUGAAGAUAGAUACACUGUGAUAGUACAGAAGAGCCGGAAAAUUGGGGUUGUAGAUGAAACCAUAAUCUCUAAUGACUUUAAAGCGGGGGAACCUGGCAAGGUUGUGAUCACCAUUGAUAACCAGACAUCAAAGAAGAAGAAAUUGCUGUACAGGUCCAAGACCAAACCCAUCUCUGAGUAAAAAAGCCUUCAUUGGAAGGAGAACCUGUAAGGUCUGUGAAUUACUAUUGAUUAUUAUGGACUGUGUCAAGGGGAAGAAGAAUAAGGGCUCUACUAUGUAUUUCAUUUAACAUGAAAAUUGGGUAGAUGGGGAAAGGGAUUUAUUCUUUUUCUUUUUUUAUACAGGGUUAUAUUUGUUCGUUUGGCUGAAAUUAAUUUGUUUGGUGUCGGUGGUUGGCAUAUUUUAUUUAGAGUAACUUGUUGUUUUUGCCCCUAGAAAAUUUCCAACUUUUCAUUUUGGUCCCCUACGAUGUAACCAUGGAAGACUAGACUUCCAGCCUGGUCUCCCAGAACAUAAGAUGGAAAACUUGAUAGAUUGAACUCACAGGGGUUACAUUUUAGAGGAUUGAAUUGAAAAAUUAGUCAUUGUUCAAGGAUAAAGAUGACAAUUUACUCUUCUAUUUACAAUUAAUUGCUUAUCCUAAUGCCCUUGGUGGUUAGGGAGGGAUAGACAAUUGGGGUUUAUUUGUAUGUAUUUGUUUCUGUGGAGUGUGGAGUGAGGAAGAAAGUCUAUAUUUGUAAUAUGAUAUACUCCAGUUCCUGCCUGUAAAGUUUGUAUGAUUGUGAUGAUGUAUUACUUAUUCACUUGGUAAAUAUUUAAAGCUCAUUGUUUCACUUA